AUGCUGCGUCCGACUGUCCUCAGCCUCGUCUUGGCAUGUGCAGUGUCUUUCAGCAGCUCUGCCGUAGUCAUAGAAAAUGGCAUGCCCAUCCUGUGGGCUCAUACAGCCGGCCAACUGACUGAUCUGCCAAUACAGAAUGGCAUCUUGACUCCCGAACCCUGGCACUACCUUCACCGCAUGAGUCUAUACCGCCUGAUGAUAGCUGCUACAGACCCAUUUAUGGGAUCCAUGGGGACAAAUGCCACAGACAGUCCUAUGUGGGGACUGCCACUGCAGCUUGGAUGGACGCUAACUUCAGGGCGUCUCGCUGACCCAACCGGUGCUACAACCUGCGGUCUGCAAACAGGAGAUACUAUGUGUAUUUCUCCUCAGAGCUGGUGGGGCUGUGUGAACUACUUUGCCUCUGUACUGCCCUUCCUGUCUGCUGCACAGCAGGGCUUCAUGGGAGCAGGAGUUCAGGUACGUAUGCAGGCCCCUGCAGGCGCAGAGGACUUUUGUACCACCUAUGCUGACUGUGCAGCUCGCUACCCUGACGCCAUGGCUAAGUGGGAUGCCUUUUUUACGGGUCUCAAGACUGCUGCUGAGUCUCCUCUGCCUGAAAAUGAGAAGAAGGACUCUAUCCUCGGUCUCUACUGGGAGGCCCAAAUGACUUCAACUUAUGCCUCUGCAGCAUGCAAUGCCAAGCAGAGCUACUAUUCCUCUCCUGAGGUGUCCUUCGCUAAGAGCUGGCUGAACUCAGCAGAGUACGUAUCGGCGGCACACUUCCAGUCCAAUUUGGAAAAAUCUGUGAUGUUCAUACUCCCUCUGCCAGGCCGAGUUUUACAGGAGGGCGACAUUGCACCUAACAUUGCUGAUAUGAGUCAGGAUGAGAACCACACACUGUCUGUCUUCUCCUGGAUGAACAGUAUGAACAAUAUACUGGGUGGAACAUUGGUGCGUCUGUGGCGCAAAUCCAUGUGUUCAGUGACCACAAGAGAGAAAGGCCGGGAGAUGUUGGAGCAGCUCCUACUGAAUCCCAGCUUCGCCACAAGCACUUUCCUGUCCAUCGUCACUGGAAUGUCUACCAGCUGCUGAGAAAGACACACGGAGAGAAAUGGCAACUCCAGUCAUGUAAUAGUAUUCUCAUCUGAAAGUUGAAGACAUAUGCUUUUUACAGUAAGGAUUACUUUUGAAUUACCCACAGGGAGGUUUCACUAAGAGAAGACUCUUGUAAUACAAAUAGACAUAAGUAACAUUUCCUUUCCAUAAAAGUAGUUCAAGUACUGAAAGUAAGUCCUGUCAUUGUUGGGAGAUCAACAGGCACUCCUACUCAUUUUAUUGCAUUAAAAUAAAUAAAGUUACA